UGUAGGUGGCGCAAAUAAGUAGCGUAAGCCCGGUAAAUAGAGCUCGGAUCCACACUGGAGUUGGGCGAUUGAUUGCUUCGGCCUGGUGACGUGUUUUCAUAGCGCCUGUGAUGGUUUUCUGGCGACGCGGCUGAUGUGCAAUGGCGCCAGGGAGGCUUGCUGCGAGGUGGCGGAAGGGAAGUUUUGGGACGCAGGACGAAGGAGUAUCUCCGGUCGGAUUCAAGAGUAAGAACGUGAAACAGAGGACGUGGAGACCUAACCCUCGGCAGCCCUUCGUGGGGAGCGUUCGCGAGGGACAAGGCUUUGCAUUUCAAAGAAAAUUGAAGAUUCAGCAAAAUUACAAGAAAUUGCUAUGGAGGGAAAAGAAGGUUCAGACUUCCCAAGAUUCCCAGUUCACAGAUCGAUAUCCUGAUCAUCUGAAACAUCUCUAUUUAGCUGAAGAGAAAAGACUCAGGAAGCAACGUAGGAAAGUUAACCAGCCUUUGUCAAAACAAGGUAAUCAGGCUUCGCCAGCAGAACAGUGUAACGUUGACCAGGCUUUACCCGAAGAACAUGGUAGCAUUGACCAGCUUCAACCAGAAGAACAAUGCAAAGAAGAAAGGGUAAACUUUGUUGCGAUUCCAAAGAAAAAUAAAAAGAAAACAUCAAAUCGAAAAGCACAAGAAGAAUACGAACAAAUACAAGCUAAGCGUGAUGCUAAGAGACAAGAGUUUGAGAGGAGAAAGCAAGAGAGAGAAGAAGCUCAAAGGUGCUACAAAAAGAAGAAAAUGGAAGUGUUUAAAAUAUUGAGCAAGAAAACUAAAAAGGGCCAACCAAACUUAAAUUUACAGAUGGAGUAUCUUCUUAAAAAAAUACAAGAACACAGUUAAAUUGGACGUUGUGUUCUCAAAAUCAAGGGUUAAAAGAUCUGCUGUCUGUCAAGUUCCUUUGUAUAUGUAAUGUACUUUCUAAUAAUUCACUAAAUUUGUCAAUGUAAACUGGAUUGCUGUGCUAUGAUAGAUAUAAAGUAUCCAAAUAUGUUUGUUCAUAUAAAGGAAAAUUUCAUA